UGAAAGUAAAAAAAUAACUCUCUCUCUUUCUUUAUAUUUCGUUGGAUAUUCUCUUUGUGAGAUGGUUUCCAUACUUCUCUCCCUUAAUUCGUCUUGAAGAUCACUCCCAUUUUCUUUCAAACCAUGCUAGGAGAAGUUACAUGGCCACGAUUGGUAGCAAGCAAGCUAUUAAGGAAAACACUGGGAUCAAACAACUUCGUUGCAGAUUUUCCGGGAAACACAGAUUCUUUUCUUAAUCUUCCAACUUUGGAUCUUGAAAACAUCCCUAGUCCGAAGAUCAUCUUUACUGACCACGAUGACACACAAAAGUUCAAGGUCUUCGUUAGUACAUGGAACGUUGGCGGUGUUCCACCUACCGAAGAUUUGAAUAUCGAUGAUUUGCUGGAUACAUGCAACACUCCAUGCGAUAUAUAUGUACUUGGGUUUCAAGAAGUGGUUCCUCUAAGAGCCUCUAAUGUUCUUGGAUCAGAUAAGAAGAAAAUAUCGAUGAAAUGGAACUCAUUGAUCAGAAGAAGCCUAAACAAGAAAUCACAUAACGUAUCAUACAAUGACGAUAGUUUGGUAGACAAGCAAUGGAAAUCCUUUCGUGGAAGAAAAGGAAACAAAUCAAUUAUUGAGAGUGGAAUGAUCCAACAAGAGUUUCGAUGUCUCAUCAGCAAACAAAUGGUUGGCAUACUGAUAUCGGUUUGGGUUCGCAGUGAUCUUCAUCCAUUCUUCCGAAACCCUAAUGUCUCUUGCGUAGGGUGUGGCAUCAUGGGAUGCCUAGGGAAUAAGGGUUCAGUUUCAGUUCGGUUUCAGUUCCAUGAGACAAGCUUCUGCUUUGUAUGUAGUCAUCUAGCAUCAGGAGGGAGAGAAGGAGACGAGAAAAACAGAAACUCCGAUGCUGCGGAGAUCUUGUCGAGGACGAGUUUUCCAACUGCCAUGGGACCUUCACUUGACCUGCCCAAGAAGAUUCUUGACCAUGAUCGGGUCGUGUUGCUUGGAGACCUAAAUUACCGGAUUUCCUUACCAGAGAGAGAGACAAGAUUGCUCGUAAAUAGGAAGGAUUGGAAUACGCUGCUUGAGAAUGAUCAGCUUCGAAUGGAGCUCAUGGAUGGUCAAGCUUUUGAAGCUUGGCAUGAAGGAACGAUUAAUUUUGCUCCUACCUACAAGUACCAUCCGACUUCUGGUGAAUACUAUGGUUGUGGUCAUCUUGGAACUAAAAGCAAAAAGAAACGUGCUCCUGCAUGGUGUGAUAGGAUAAUUUGGACGGGUGAGGGAUUAAAGCAACUUCUAUACACAAGAAGUGAAACCCCAUUGUCAGAUCAUAGGCCCGUGAAAGCUAUGUUCUCUGCUGAAGUUAAAGUUUCACGAUUGAGGUACCAGAGCUUUUGUUUAUCAGAGAGGUUUGGACGUCGGACCAGAGCUAGUUUAGAAUUCCAUUCCGAUGAUGAGUAUUCAAGUCAUUCCGGUCGGCUAAGCUUCCAUAUUAAAAAUAAAAUGACCCCAUGAAAGUGAGAGGAUUAUUUUGGGUAUAUUUGCAUUGUGUUUCCACUUUGCUAGGUUGGUCUCCUUAUUUUUUCAACCCCAAAAUGUCGAAAUCAUCUCUCUUUGAUUGAUAUAUUUGGAUAUACAUACAUACAUAUAAGUACAAAAGCAAGAGAUAGUAGCAUAUAUUUUUGUAACAUAAAAUCCUUGAGAUAUGUUUUUUUCUGCCCACCAACUUUGAUUCUGAAAUUAAAUGAUUGUAAUUGGCAUAUUAGUGAGGUAAUUAUUUAAAGAUAUAUCAUUCUUGUAAGUAUUCGACUACAUGUUGGUGAAACCAACUUCUUGUAACUAUAUUUUAGUUGAUUGAUGUGUACAAAUUUUAUUAAUUACUAUAUGAAAUGGAUGGAUCAUAUGUUUUCAA